AUGGAGUCCAUCCCGUCGGCCCAAAGUCCAUUGGAGGCAGGGUGGACCGACUAUGACGCCAAUGAGAGAGGAGCACGCACGCCGCCGUGCGCUCCGGACACGCAACGCAACGCAACGCAACGGCAGUGCUGCUGGCUGCGUGGGCGUGGGAGGCCCAUCCUGGAUACCCGUCGCGCUCAUCAUCUCCCCGCCGCCAGGCCCAACAAAACGGGGGCCCUCGCGCAAAGCGAGGCGACCUACCGAGCUGCCGAGCCGAACCACCCGACCCGAGCGACCGACCGAGCGAGAGAGGCGAAACAAACUCGUUGCCGAUACAACAAGCAAGGCGUAGGCGGCGUCGCACUCGUGUGUGCCGAGCCGAGCGGGACGGCGUCGCGAAUGAGCGAGGGGGCGGCUGCGGCGGCUGCGGCGGAGGAGGAGGAUGGGGCCGAGGCGGGGCGGGCGGGGCGGGCGUGGGCGUUCAAGCGGGAUCUGGCGGCGGGGGCGCUGAUGGGCGGCGCGGUGCACACCGUGGUGGCCCCCAUCGAGCGGGUCAAGCUGCUGCUGCAGACGCAGGACGGCAACGCCGCGCUGCUCGGGAGGUCGCGCCGCUUCCGGGGCUUCGCCGACUGCGUCGCCCGCACCGUGCGGGACGAGGGCGUGCUCUCGCUCUGGCGGGGCAACGGCACCGCCGUCAUCCGCUACUACCCCUCCGUCGCCCUCAACUUCUCCCUCAAGGACCUAUACAGGAGCAUACUAAAAGAUGCAGGAACCUCAGCAGACAAUAAGUUCACAUCAAUUGCCCUUACCAACUUCAUCGCUGGAGCCGCCGCCGGAUGUACCACUCUGGUGAUCAUUUACCCACUGGACAUAGCUCAUACCCGCCUUGCAGCCGACAUUGGCCAAACAGACUCCCGCCAGUUCAAGGGCAUUCGACACUUCAUCCAAACCAUCUACAAGAAGAACGGCAUCCGUGGCAUCUACAGAGGGCUACCGGCAUCGCUCCACGGGAUGGUCGUCCACCGGGGCCUAUACUUCGGAGGCUUCGACACCGCAAAGGACACGCUGGUGCCGCUGGACUCCCCCCUGUGGCAGCGCUGGGUGACGGCGCAGGCCGUCACUUCCACGGCAGGGCUCAUCUCGUACCCGCUGGACACGGUGCGGCGGAGGAUGAUGAUGCAGUCGGGGAUGGAGGUGCAGAUGUACAGCGGCACCUUCGACUGUUGGCGGAAGAUCUACAAAGCGGAGGGGGUCAAGUCUUUCUACCGUGGGGCGCUGUCUAACAUGUUCCGGAGCACCGGCGCGGCGGCCAUACUCGUCCUGUACGACGAGGUGAAGAAGUUCAUGAACGGGGGUAGGUUGUGAUAGGUAUAGAGAAAGUGUGUGGUUCUCCACAGAUUUUGGGGUUCGGCAUGGAGAUUACACGACCAAAAGGUACAGGGAGCAGCGGCGGCGGCGGCUCGAAUCAAGCGUUUUGUUUGUAGUAGGCGAGCACCAGCCUCCUGCUGUUCACCGCUAACCAAACCAACCAACCAGUAGCAAGGGUUUCAUCAUGGUCUCAAAGAUUGUGGCUGUUGUUUGUUUUAAAAAAAUUCGUUCCAGUCUCUUUCACGUUUGAUUUGAAGUUCCAACAGCUUGACU